AAGCUUCAUGAAGCCAAACUGAUCAUUUAUAUCGAUCUCAUACGCAGUACAAGUAGUACAGUAACUAUCUCUGUGUAUUAAUAUUCGUAUUUUGUAUUAUAAGUUGUAGUUUUAUGAGAAAAACUCCGGGAGCGUUUUUGGUCGUCCACUGUAGAGCUGAACGACAGGUCAAAGGUCAGAUGAACCCGGAACAUCAACAAAGCGAGCAAAGGCGGCGGUGAGACGUUCCUCUGAAACCGGCCGACAUGUUCUCCGUCUUACCGCCCAGACACAGUUUGGUGGUGGCGGCUCUCAGCCUGCUUCUGACCCGCUCAUGCUCUUCUCUGUCGGUCCCGGACAUCCCGCACAUCGCCCCUUACUUCGGGACCAAGACCCGGUACGAGGAGGUGAACCCGCACCUGCUGCGGGACGUCUUAUCCGUGAACAAAUCCGUCUUAAAACCUCCGCCCACCGAGCGGUGCUCUCCGGUCCACCUGACCGCCGUCAUCCGGCACGGCAGCCGGUACCCAACCGUCAAAAACAUCCGCAGGAUCCAGAAACUGAGCGAGCUGGUCCGGAGAGAAGCUUCCAGAGGCUCCGCGGGCUGGCUGCAGGACAUCCAGAGCCGCUGGGACAUGUGGUACACCGAGGACAUGGACGGUCAGCUGGUGAUGAAGGGCAGAGAUGACCUCCGUCAGCUGGCGCAGCGUCUGUCGGCCUUGUUUCCGUCGCUCCUGUCGGAGGAGAACAUGAGGAGGAUCAGUUUCCGGAGCAGUUCGAAGCAUCGCUGUGUGAGCAGCAUGGAGGCGUUUCAGGAGGGUCUGCAGCAGCUCUGGAGACGCACAGAGCCGCAGUACAGCCACCAGGUGGACGACCAGCUGAUGCGUUUCUUCGAGCGUUGCCGUGGUUACGUGGAGGGCGUGGAGAACAAUCGCACGGCGCUGCUGGAGGUGGAGAAGUUCAAACACGGGGAGGAGAUGGAGGCAGUGAAGAGGAGGGUGGCCGAGAGGCUGGGCCUUCCUCACCACCGCCUCACACCGGAUCUGGUUGAAGCGGCGUUCUUCUUGUGUUCCUACGAGCUCUCCAUCAAAUCUCUUCACUCUCCGUGGUGCUUCCUGUUUGAUGAGAACGACGCAAAGGUGUUGGAGUACAAGUCGGACCUGAAGCAGUACUGGAAGCGCUCUCAUGGUCAUGUGAUCAGCAGUCUGUCCAGCUGUCCUCUCUUCCAUCACAUCUUCAGGACGCUCGACAGAGCCGGACGUCCUCGCAGGUCCACGGACGCGUCACCUGAGCCGGCCUCCAUCCUGGUGGGUCACGCCGAGACGCUCCUCCCCCUCCUCUCCCUGCUGGGACUCUACAAGGACCAGACUCCGCCCACCGCCAACAACUACCACACGCAGCACGGUCGAAGGUUCCGGACCAGUCUCAUCGUCCCGUACGCCGCCAACCUGCUCUUCGUCCUGUACGACUGCCAGCGAGGCCCGCGGCUGCAGCUGCUCAUCAACGAGUCUCCGGCUCGAUUCCCGGGGCUGGAGGCGGAGGACGCGCCGCUGUAUCGGGACAUCCGGGCCACGUACCGCCACCUGCUGGACGGCUGCGACUUCCACAGGGAGUGUGAGGGAAGACCCGGGGGCCGCGGACCAAACACCGAACUCUGAGUGAAGAACUAGGUACUCUGGUCCAGUACAAGCACAGAAUCCAGUUCAGACAUGAGUCCUUCUUUACAGCCUUAAUGUGUUGAUCUGUCAACACUGGAACCACUUCAGUUCAACAGCUUAGCAACAGUAACCAGUGGUCAUGUCUGGUGUACAUGGAGCUGCAGAGAGAUACCGCGGGUCACGUGACCUCACAGGUCUGCCCUCUUGACAUUUGCUGCUGGUAAACAGGGUUUUUUAUCGUCUCUCUAAUAUGAAUUUGUUCAGUAAAAACAGAUUUAUAAAUCUGGUGGUUCCUGCUGCAGCACAGCUGUUUCUGCUUUAAUGUGAUGGGAGUUUGUGUUAAAUUAAAAAAAACGUUAAAAGGUAAAAAGUUGGUUUUCAUGUGUUUCUCCUUUUUAAAGGGUUUUUACCCAUUUUUAUACCAAAUAUGUCGCCACAACUUUGUGUCUCUGAAACACAUUAGCUUUAUUUUUUCACCAAAACUCUUUAGUUUGCAGCUGAUUGGCUGAUAGUUGUCAGGGUGUUUACAUGCUUUUAAAAGCGUAACGUGAGGUGGAAACUACAAAGCUGGUUUCUGUAGGUUCAGGGAUUAAAGAAACCUGAUUUCUCUGUCAGAUUUACACAUGACUGAGUUUCUAAUCAACUUUUUGAAAGUGAGCAUGUGCAGGACAAAGAAAAUAUGUUUUAAACCUGAAAUUUCUCAUACGUCUUCUCACGCGAGAUCUUUACGCUGUGGGUUUUUCUGUUUAUGUAAAGUUUAUUUGUAUAGAGACAAAACAAACAGCAGGAACCAAUGUCACAUACUGCAGCUAGUUUGUAAUAACCUUCGUCCCUGAUGGGCCUUUAAAAUACACGAAACUCCACAAUAAAAUACAAACAGAACAGGAACAGUUAUAGUACAUAGAGAUUAGUUGUUAUAAAUAUUUACAGCCACUAACUGCAGGUGGAACUGUUGUUAGCUAACUGAACCAACUGGCAAAGCUAACGUUAGCAUGCUAAUCUCUGAGCCGUUUAGAGUGUUUCCCUCUCAUUAUAAACUGUAAGAAUCCUACUAACUCUGAAACCGAUUUCUCCAUGUCUACAGAACAAAUACCUACAUCUACUAAAGAUUUAUCUUUUAGCCUCUCAAACUGUAAUGUUUGGAAGUUAUGCUAGCUUGUGAUGCUACAGUGACUUCCUGUUUACAUAGUUGAUUACUCUUGAUUGGACAGCACUACAGAUGUUUCCUAGCGACAGAUUUACACAAAGUAAGUCUGUUUCUAUUUCUAUUCAUUAUUCAGAAAAAUACUUAAAUUUAUUAGUAACUUGCAUUUUAACACACACGACAAACCACACAUUUACAUCCCUCUGACUUUUAAAGAAAAGCAUCACUGUGGCAGCUGAAAGAUUAUUACAUGUAGAGAAACUCCAACUGACACUGAGACUGACACUUCAUAUUUUUAUGAUCAUGUGAUGUAUUUGCUUGAUUUUCUACAAAUUUUGGUUCUUUGUUCAUUUGAGUUGAUUUGGGCCUCUGAUCUGAAGUGUCGCUCUCUCUGACAGCCACCACAUGCUGCUGUGAUCAACUGACUGUAUUGAAGUGAAGUAGAAAACCUCAGACUUCUCUCUACAAACUCAGUUUUUAUACAACAAGUCGAGCUCUCAGCAGAUUCACGGAGGAUUUUCGCAAUAAGAGUUCCGUUAAGGAGAUAAUGAGGCUGGCACAAUCUGAUAAUAAACCGCUCUGGUUCUGUUUUGUGUCUUCAGGGUGAAUUAUUAUUUUCUGUUGUUUAUACGUCAUUGUUCCUAAAUUAGUUUAAAGUUUAAAAUGGCGGCUCAGCUCGUCACUUUUUGGGUUGUUUUGUUCAAACUGGUGUCAGCUUUCACUCGGUGCUUCUUCUGUGUUUGGCUUCCUGUGGUGUUAUUGCAGAACGAUGGAUGCCAAAUGUUUUUAAUUGAAAGCUUUAAUAAAUGUUUUUCACUGUUGAAACAGAA